UGCCGUGAUCGAGCGCUCAUGGCAGCUAAUGAUUAUCGCGCGUAUCUGCGGAAUCAUAUCGAUAUGGAAGAGGCUCCGGCGCGUGUCUCGCACACGGGCUCCACUCACAGAGCGCUCAUAUUCGCCACGCUCACUGUCAUGGGACUUCUGCAAGUCGCGUCGAGUGUGGCGAUUUUGUUGCACUUAACCGGUUAUCUCCGAGAGGUCGACCUUGCCUCAGCCCAGCAGAGUCCUAAUGAGGAAAUGCACAGUGAAACAUUAAUAGCAGAUCCCCUCAAAAGUAUGAAGGAGAAGAAGGACAGAUGUCGAAAAAAGGAUACACGCAUGCCAUCGGCUCAUCUUCCUAUCAGGACUGCCAAUGACUAUUCAAGCAAAGAUCCAAGUCCUGUAACCAUCCUCUGGGCAGAAAAUCAAGGGACUCUGAAGAAGAUUACAUACCGUAAUGGACGAAUUCUAGUGGAUGAGCCUGGCUAUUAUUAUGUAUAUGCCAAGACCUGCUUUCGAUAUUCUGAGGUGCAUGACUUCAACAAAGAGGAUGUCAGCAAUGUGCAGUUGGUACAAUACAUUUACCAUGAGAAGCACACCCAGUCUACAAUCAGACCGAUACUGUUUACAAAAAGCGGUGGCACCUUGCAGUGGAAUACCACGAGCUACAACAUGUACUGUGUGGAGCAGGGCAGAGGUAUUCAGUUAAAUAAGGGUGAUGGUCUCUAUGUCAAUGUAUCCAAUUCAUGGCUUCUGGAUCGAGAAGCCGAGGGGACAUAUUUUGGUACUUUUAAGAUAAGUGAGUGACUUGGAUUGUUUUUGCUACUGAACAUGUUUAUGCACAUUUUACAACCUUACAAACUUUUUCAAAGUGAACAUGAACCACUGAGCACUUCUGCUAUUGAUCACUGACUUUUGAAUUUUUGUUCCAAAUUUAUUACAUUGUACAUCAUUUAGGAGCACAUUAGACAUCAUAACUAAUCAGGCAUGCCAUUGAAGCUCUUAAGUACCAGAACUUGAAGACUUAGAGUGGACUCAAGCCUAGGUGCAUUUAAUAGGUUUUAGAUGUUUCCAAAAAUACUUCAGUGGUUUUUGUAGGGGUGCACCCACACCGAUACUGGUAUCUGUCCAAUGCUAUACGCAACCCAUUUUACUUCCACAUUCGCACAUAUUUCCAAGUGAAACAGGAUAUUGAAUGAUAACAAUGUAGGGUGGGCCUUGGUUUUGUCCAUUGGGGAAUUGGUUGAAUUGUGAGAAGUGAGUUACAGAAGCGGAAUGGAGUCAGGUGGUUGGAGGCGAGGUGUCUAAUGGGACUGGUGAGAUCAACCAAAUAACAAAGUUGUUGUUUUAAUUAUUUAUUAAGAAAGUAGAUCAAGUUGGAUUUUAUGUUGCUCUUAAAAUGCUCUUAUACUAAUAUCAGGUAGCACAAAAUACAUGCACAACAUUAAUUGAAUAAAUGUUGCCAUGCAAAGUAAUACAAGCAGCUGAACACAAAAUGUCAACAGUAUGGAGGUAUAUCAGUGCCACAAUUUGUCUAGUAGGAAAUCGGGUCAAAUAAAAACAAAAUAUGUUGCCUUUCCGACACUGCAAUGCCUCAAGGCUCACUUGGUCGUUCUUUUCUCCCCAAUUCAUUGUACAUGAAUCAAAAAUGUAUUUAGAUUGUAUGCUUUUGUACUCUGCUAUUUACUCAACAUAAUAAACGCACUGUCCUUAAUCAUCAAUAGUGAUAUAUAUAUAUCGGCUAGGCCGAUAUUAAUCCAUUUUGUGAUUAUUGGCACUGCUACUAACGUGCCUGCUUGGCCAAGAAUUUCCAAAAACUACAACAGCGCUGCGAGUAGAUAAUGUGCAACUUGUUGUAAGAUAUUUAAUUUAGAGUAUAUACUGUGUAAAACAUUAUUAUUUCAGCAUGUAUGUUCAUCUCAGUUGUUGUAGUUAAAUCAUAUUAGCCUAUGUUCAGUGGCCCUUAUAUUUUGACCCUUAAGCCAUGCUUUCAACUGUAUGAAUGUCAUUGCAUUAGAUAACAAAAUAGUGGCAUCUACAAACAAAAAAUGCUGGAUAUUUUCUCAGAACUAACUUUUCUUCAUUUCAUUGUAGUAAUUACUAUUACUAAAUACUUUUCGGGCCACUUUAUUUAUCGCCAUUAUAUCGGCAAUGCCGCUCAUUGGUUAUCGGUAUAGGUAUUGAAAACCCCCAUAUUGGUCAACCACUUAUCAUCAGUCACUAUACAGUGCCUGGAAAAAAAGCCCAGUGCUGCUAAAUAGAUGGUAUCUGUAUAAUGUGUACCAAAAUGUACAGCCUUAAAAAUAAAAAAAAAAUUGGUAUCGGUGCAUCCCUAGUUUUACCUUUACACUGAACUUGGAACACAAUAUAAAAACCUAAGAAAAUAAAACUGUCCUAAAAAAAAAACUAUGGACUCUCUGGUGAAAAUAGUCCAUGCCCAGGUCUCCCCUAGAUAUUUUGGAUGGUAGAUCUACAAUUAACUUCACUAAACUUAUUAUGAGAAAUUAUUAUGCAGGAUUCAUGUAUGACAAGGAAAUUUGAAAAGAAUGCUUAAUAUGGAAAGGCAUUUCCUGGCACUCAUAAAGAUUAUGUACUGAUGGAAAAAUGUCACUGCUUAUCUAUAUCUUCCCAUCACACAAACAUGGAACAUAAAUCAAGACAGCUGGACUGUCUUUGAUUUGGUGCACGAUCCAAAAUUGUUUAAGCAAUGCGUAGAACCACACUGAGUUUGGUACGCUCUAAUUUAAGAGUUUUUGUUUUCAUUAAUGCACUAAGUGUAUUUAUUUAUUUUCCAUGAUGAUAGAACAUUUGUUGAAUGUUCUGUCUAUUGUAAAGUUUUGUACAGUGUAUAUAAUUGUAUAAAUGCCUUUUUCUCCAUUCUUUAAGAGUUUUUUUGAACGAAGGGCAUUGACUUGGUCAGUUAUAGAUGCGCUUUUUUCCAAGCACAGGGCUCCUGUUUUAAAGCUUAAGUUGAUUGGUUUCUCACUAAAGAAACUUUUUUUUUUUUUUUAUUUAAGUAUAACUCAUCUGACAAUUCUGUGUGCAAAUAAGAGCAGAAUAUAUUGUUCCACUCCUGUUUUAAAUCACAAACCUUAAGUCUUUUAGAUUUUUUUUUUUCAUAUGUAAGCAAAAGUUCUGUUUAUUUAUACCAUUCUGACUAAUAAAGAUACUUUUCUAAAAAAGUACAAAUUUCCAUUUGAUAAAUUAAUGUGGGUUUGUUUCUAGGUUCUGUGAGUUGUUUGCAAGAAUUUUGUCUUAUAUGCGAGCACUCCCUCUUUAAAGGAAACUGAAUUGAGAACUACGGAGCCCCUUAUGCUUUGUUCUAUUCAAGUCGAAUGUGGGAUCUUCCUACUUGAUAUCUCAGAUCUCCGACCAUGAAGGCAUUCCAUUACCAGAUGCUUGGAAGAUGACAUAUAAGGAAAUAAAUCUGUAACACUCCCAUUAGCUUGAGAAGGGUAAAGCUAGAGCAGGGGUGGGCAACUAUUUUGGUAAAGGGGCCUCAUCUGGCUUUAAGUAGUGCAUAGGGGGCCACAUUGUAUUCCUUCUGAGAUAUAAUGUUCUGCAUUGAUUUGGUCUUUGUAUCUUUUAAGCCCAGAAAUAGUUUUGUACUACAUUUUCUGAUGUGUAUAUGUGACUAAUGGGAAUAUUCUGCAAUUGCCUAAAGUAUUGUAUUGCUCUACAAAAGUAGAUACUUUUCUAUAAGGCAUUACAAAAAACCAA